UUUUUUGGUUUUUGAGUGGAAAGUGGAAGCUCGAAUCGUAAAAAUUUCGUUCUCGACGCUCGGACGAGGUGUCGUCGAGUGCACGAAGAUAGAAACAACGACUUGUCCGCGGCUCGUACACUGUGAUUCGAGAAAAGGAGGUGUAGCCUUCGAGGUUCGAACUUUCGUCAAGUUAUUUCGAGAAAGUAAGUACGACCGGCGGUCGUACUUGGCGCGAAGGCCUCAAAAUUGCUCGAAAAUCGUCGAAAGAGGUGCGCAGGGCUGGAAGAGCGAUGGAAAUCGGGGGUGCGGCGAUGCAGAGGUUGGGCACUGCCGGGGGGCCCGGGCCCCUCAGCCUUCAGGGCCCUCCAAGGUCAGUGAAAAUCUCACCCGUUAACAUACAGCACGAGCCUGGUGACCUCACUUCCCAAAAAAGCACAACUUCGCAUUGCGUGGGCUGCGGCGGACGAAUUCACGACCAGUGGAUCUUACGAGUUGCGCCAGAUUUGGAGUGGCACGCCGCUUGUUUGAAGUGCACGGAGUGCCAGCAAUUUUUGGACGAGAAUUGCACCUGCUUCGUGCGGGAUGGAAAAACUUACUGUAAACGGGAUUACGUCAGGCUGUUCGGCACGAAGUGCGACAAGUGCAGCGAGUGCUUCAGCAAGGACGACUACGUAAUGAGAGCGAAGAGCAAGAUUUAUCACAUAAAGUGCUUCCGAUGUUCGGCGUGCAUGAGGCAGCUAGUACCUGGCGACGAAUUUGCCUUGAGACAGGAUGGUCUCUUCUGCAGACACGAUCACGACGUGCUCGAGGGUGGAAAGCUCUGUUCGGGGGCUGGCGGUGUUCCCGGGAACGAGAACAACAACAACGCGUCCCUCAUGAACAACAACCACCAUCUGCAUCCCAACGACGGCUCGAUAUCAGAUUCCGGGUCCGAAAGUGGAUCGCACAAGGCCAGCGUGGGUGGGAAUCGAGGAUCGGGCAGCCAUAAAAGCAGCGGCGGUUCUGACGGAAAGCCGACCAGAGUGCGCACGGUUCUGAACGAGAAGCAGCUCCACACUCUGAGGACCUGUUACGCCGCGAAUCCUCGACCUGACGCGUUGAUGAAGGAGCAGUUGGUAGAAAUGACGGGGCUCAGUCCGCGCGUGAUCAGGGUAUGGUUCCAGAACAAACGUUGCAAGGACAAGAAGAAGACGAUCGCCAUGAAGCAACAGAUGCAGGAAAAGGACGGUCGUAAACUAGGCUUCGGAGGAAUGCACGGGAUUCCUAUGGUGGCCAGCAGUCCUGUGAGGCACGAGAGUUCCAUAGGGAUGACGCCACUGGAGGUGCAAGCUUACCAACCACCGUGGAAAGCGCUUUCCGACUUUGCUCUUCACACUGACUUGGACAGGCUAGACCCUAACACACCUUCGUUCCAUCACUUGGUAUCACAGAUGCACGGCUACGAUCUCCACGGUGGACCACCUCAAUUACCACCGCCAGGUAUGCUCGGUGGACCUAUGAACGACGGCGGAGGUGGUGGAGGCGGCGGUCCAUUGCCACCACCCGGACCACAUCAUCCUGGCAGCGGUGGACCAGAUAUGGGACAGCAUCCCGACAGCACGGAUAGCUACGUAACUUAUCUCGAAAGUGAUAGUGACUCCCUUCACCACGAUACAGGAAGUCCAUAGUGUUGUGCAGUGGGCCAGAACGAAAGUGUCCGCUUUCUUCGUGGUCUUCUUUUAACAAGUGCUUGAAGAGAAUAGUAGUCUGCGUGGACACAUAGGGUGAAAUGAACAGCAAACACGGAACG